ACUCGUCAAAUUCCCAAUUAUUAUUGCCCCCAAAAAAAAAAAUAAUUCCCAAUUAUUAUGAUGGAACUGCAAAUGUAGGGUUUCCAUGCAACUUUCCAUUUAUCUAUCAUCUGCUUCUGCUUCAAAUUCAAUUCAGAUGACUCGUUUAUCAGAAGGAAAUACGCGUAUCCCUGUAUAAAAGAUUUUGGCUGCAAUGCAACGAUAGUUAUUAUUGUUGUUGAUCUUGAUUUUAGCUAAAUCAAUCUUAAGGGAGACGCAUAUUGUGAUUUUCCAUUCCUACUUAUGGAUUUGGGUAGUGGGUCUGUUGCCCAUUCUCAAUCUGAUCGUAACAACAUCCAGGAAAAUCAUCUUGAUCUUAACAACAACAUCCAGGAUAAUAAUGAGUCCGCCAAGUUUGGGGCUGUUUCAGAUAUUGAUCCCAACCCCAAUGCUUUCUCACCUGGUAAUGGUGUUGAUGAGAUUGUUCCAAAAUCUCCUGAUGGGCAAUCGCCUCCCACAACAAAAGGGUAUGGCUUGAAGACAUGGAGGCGUAUCAAGAGACCUAGUCCUCAAAAGGAUGAGCCUGCUGCUGUUGCCACUGCUGCUGAGGACAGUGGUAAAGUUCUCAAGCGUGGCUUGUCCGGUUCCACAACUCCAACUAAGCCUGUACGUUUUUCAUCAGCUGAGAUCAAGCAAAAUGCAGAGGAUUUUGGUGGCCUCCUAAGUGUUUUGAAAAAUUUACCUUCUGUUACUGCUGUUGAAUGUGGCUCCAGUUUAGAUUCUAGGUUCGCAGUUGGGGCUACUUCUGUUGCCGGUUCAGAUUCUGACAACAGUGAGGAUCAUAGUAGCAAAUCUUCUACGGCAGCCAGUGUGCCAAAGGUAUGGCAGGCUGCGCCUUCAGUUUUUUCGUAUGUUCAGGAGAACAGCAAGAUGAAGAAUUUAGUUGCAAAAGUUGUGGGUAAUUCACGUCAAAGGGUUCAACUAGGAAAAAGUAUUACCGAAAGCACUACGAAGCACAGAGGAGAAAGGAUCAAAGUUGGCAAGGAAAACUCUCAUUCCAGCAUUGAAUCUAACUCUGGAAGCUCCAAUUUUGUAUUUGCCCAGGGUAUUUUUUCUGCAACUAGUAGUGAUGAAAAGCAGGGUAGAACGUCUGUGAAUUAUAAUUGGGGGAAUAACAACGAAGCAUAUUUAAGUGAACAACAGUUCAGUGAGGAAGCUGCUUAUAGGAAAGAAUAUGCAGGGGAAAUUGAAGAGCUUUCCCAGGAUGAUUUAACUGCAGACUCAUCUGGGAAGGCUAGAGAAGGAAAAAGUGAGAACCAUCGAGGCUCACCGCUUCAUGACCCAUUGGUUUACUCUAUCCUUGCCCUCCAUUCUGUGCAGGAAUCCCUUGAAAAAGAGGUUCAUAAGUUAGUGGAGAUAGGGAGGGAGCCUGUAUCUCUACAUGCCAAUUCAGUUAACACUAUCAAUGUUCCCGUGGAUUCCACUUUCACAGAGAUUCAUGAGCCUAGCUUAUCUGAUCAGUUAGCUUCUGAAAAAAUAGGAGAAAAUAUUUCAAGCUCUCUGGACAUCGAAGUGUUUACCUUAACACAGAAAGCAAAGUCUCUGGAAAGCAGACUGGAGGAAGCAAAGGUUGUGCUUGAGCUGAAGGAUACAAGAAUUGCUGAGCUGGAAGCUGCCAUUAACAGUAGCAAGUCAACAAAGGAAGAUUCAGGGAGCACUGCAGAGAAGUUCAGAGAAAUGGAAUUGGAGUUUGAAGGCCUGUUUCAGCAGAAGUUGGAGACCGAGAUUGAGUAUCUUGCUUUAAUAAGUGCCAUAGAGAAGUUGAGAGUUGCUGCAAUUGAUCAAAGAAUGUUCUUUCAAGAACAAAAGUCAUUGAUCGGUGAGCAAGUGCAUGUGCUGAGGCAGCUUGGAGAGGCUGAAAACAAGGCUGCAGUGCUAAAGAAAGAAACAGAGAAAUUGGAAAUGUAUUGUGGUGAUAUUUCAGGCACCAAAGAAAUUUUGAAGAUGCAGAGGAGAGUGAGCAAAUUUACUUUUUGUUUCUUUAUACAGUUGAUGUUGCUGGUGUUAGUGUUUUGGCUGGUUCUGUCACGGUUAUAUCCCGAUACAGGGGUAGUUGUACCCACUUAAGUUUGCAAAAAAUUAGGUCUCUUUUUGUGUAUUCCAACAUAUAUAGGCAAUGAGUCAAAUGCCAUAAUUGGUGAUUGCUGCAUUUGCCUUUUCCUAUACUUGCCCUCAAACCUAUAUUUUUUUUGUCCGCUGGGUGUUUGGGGGGCACUGGAGGAAGAAGCAGUUUUAGUUGUAAACCUUUGUAUUAAUUUUGGCGGGUGCUUAUUUACAUUUACUGGUCAAUGUUUUGAGAAUAGCCUGUUGAAUGCAUAAAACUUGGUUCAAAUG